AUGUCUUAUAAUGGAAUAGGAUUAGGAUCUGCUAGGGGAUCUGGCACAUCUGGCUACGUACAGCAAAGUUUAGCAAAGGAUGAAGAUUUGAAAGUCAAAGCAACUCAUUAUGAAAAGCGAAAGGUUGAAAAGAAGAAAAAGAGGAACCUUGAAAGAGAAUCUAAGAAUCGCCAUUAUCGUAUUGAAGCGAAAAUGGAAAUAAUAGAUCACAAUAGGAACAGAGAAGUGGAAUUGAAGUGCAUUGAACUACGAGAUGAGUUAGAAGAGCAGGGUGUCGAAGAAGAAGAAAUUGCAACCAAAGUAGAUGAAUUGAAAGCAUCGCUAAAACAAAAGCGGUUCAACGUUAGUUCGAAGAAUAACAAGAAAGAAGUAGAGCUUUCAAAGAUGGGGCGGUCGGUGGAAAAUAAAUCUUGCUAUGUUUAUAAACCAAGAUUCAAGGAGACUAACGACGCAAGGCGUUGA